CGUCGAACAGAACAGACGGAUUCUUGGCGCGCAAUUCUUGGGGCAUUCGCGUGGGAUUUUGUUAAACGCGUCUUUGGCACGUUCCACCAAUCAUUCCGUCAUCCCGCAUGCGUUUCCUGUCGCGGUGACUAGUAAAUGAUGCUGAGGAUGAUCCACCGGGCGCCAGCCGGAAAAUGUCACGUUGGAAAUUCACUUGGAUUGUGAAGGUGUUGAUGUGCGGAAGUUGAUGAGGGUUAAAGGUUCAUCUUGCCCUUCUUGUGGUUCGGAUGUGAAAAAUCCCAUUAAUAGUGCUUAAUGCUGUGUCUUUUAGUGUGAUUCAGUGGCUGGAGAUUAGAUGGUAUAUUAGGGAGAGAGGAAGGAGAAGGGAUUUUCUGUGGGGCCAGUGACUUCAAGGUGGUCUUCAUGACAUCGAUAAAUUUUGCCCAACACCCCCAAUGCUCUGGUGCAGAAAAUUCGCAGUGUAGCUAAUAAAUGUGUGUGAUGUUUUGGGCAGUUUCUGACAGUGAAAACUUUUACGAGACAAACGUAACAGUUUAGAGAGUGAAAUUUUAGUGACACAAACCCUAGAGGACAUCAAAUUCCCGCUCUUUUUCCCACAAAUUCGCCCCCGUAGCUCUGUGCUGAUUUAUUUUCAGUGGGUGUUUGUAUGAAUGAACAAAACUGACGGCGACAAUGCCUCGGAUGGAGUAAAGUUGCUUGAGCGGAAAUUAAGUUCUUGUGGACGUGAUAUCGAAUUGUCCACAGAAGGACAUCAAGGGUGAAGAUGGAAUCAUGGUGUCGGUGUUUCUGCGGACAUCCCCUCGCCAGAGAAGUUUGUCCUUGUCCGAUGGUCAGAGAGCAUUUGAUUCAAGUGUCCGACAAAGACAUAACUACUCUGCAAUCGAUUUUGAGUUGGAAAUUGGUGAGGACACCCCGGACAACAUGAAUUGCUCGGGAGUUGUUUUGCCAUCUGGCACAGUGACAAACACAACUCAUGUCACUUUGGACAGCAACUCACCCUCUAGCACCCCAGCAACACUUCCAGGAUGUGAAUCAAACAAUUGUGGCCUGUGCCAAGCUGAGUUAAAUGUCAGCUUCACGCCGGCCCUUUCACAGAUCCUCUUGGCACCCACAUCAUCCACUGGACCAAUAUUCACAGGCGAUGGGGACAAUACGACAACUGGGGAAGUCAUCAAUUCCUUCUAUUUCUACGAGAUUGAACAAUUCACCGUGCUUUGGGUCCUAUUCACUGUGAUCGUCCUGGGGAAUUCUGCUGUUCUUGUGACUCUCUUCUUCAGCAAAAACCGCAAAUCACGGAUGAAUUUCUUCAUUAAGCAAUUAGCCGUUGCAGAUCUCUGUGUGGGACUUCUGAACGUGCUCACGGAUAUUAUCUGGCGUACGACUAUCUCAUGGAAUGCCGGAAAUAUCGCCUGCAAAGCCAUCAAGUUCCUCCAGGCCAGCGUCACCUACGCCUCCACCUACGUCCUCGUGGCGCUCAGCAUCGACAGAUACGACGCCAUCACCCAUCCCAUGAACUUCUCAGGAUCAUGGAAACGGGCACGGAGAUUGGUGGCUGCUGCAUGGGGCUUGAGCGCCUUCUUCUCGCUCCCGAUGCUCUAUCUCUACGAGGAACGUAACAUUGAAGAUCAGCCCCAGUGUUGGAUCGACCUGGGCUCACAGUUUGGGUGGCAGUUGUACAUGUCCCUUGUGGCUGCGGUGCUGUUCGUGUUUCCCGCCCUCAUCAUCUCGGCGUGCUACGCGAUAAUUGUGCGGACCAUCUGGGCCAAGGGGGCCAUUCUCGGCCCAAUCGAUCGACGUGGAGGAAUCGAUCGAGGAAGUCGCCGUGCAAGUUCGCGCGGCAUCAUUCCACGUGCCAAAGUGAAGACGGUGAAGAUGACCAUCGUGAUUGUGAUAGUGUUCGUGGUGUGCUGGUCUCCCUAUAUUGUCUUCGAUCUGCUGCAGGUCUUCAAUCAGAUCCCGCGGACGCAGACCAAUAUCGCCAUUGCCACGUUCAUCCAGAGCCUGGCGCCACUCAAUUCGGCCGCCAAUCCGCUCAUCUACUGCCUCUUCUCAACACAAGUCUGCCGGGCACUCAGACGUCUUCCGCCUUUUCGCUGGCUGGCGUCUUCGUGGUGCUUCAAGUCUCGGGAACAGGCCAAUCAUGCCCAGAACAGAUGUGGCGUGACCGGGGGACCAAGACUGCACAACAGUAGUGACUCCAUGAGGACCCUGACGACCUCCCUCACCGUCUCCAGACGUUCAGCCUCAUGCAUGCGUCCAGCACGGGUCAUGAUUGCUGAGCGUCCAAAGACCAUCAUCAUGUCAGAAGUGUAGUAGUUAAUAUUCCCAUAAAACCCAUUUAAUUUAUUUAUUUAUUAGCAACUUGGGCAUUUUUGUAUAUGCAAACUAAAUUUAUUGCUAAAUGAUAGGGUUAUGGCAUCACUUACGGCCUUUCCAUACUUAUGACAUUCAUGCAGAAACCUUCCAUUUUAAUGACAAAAUAAUUCUGAGACUUUCGAUAUACCUAACUUAUCAAAUAUUCUGAAUUUCGUAGUUCUUCGAAAUUAUUUUAUCACAAAAAUUGAAGAUUUCCUCGAGGAAGCCAAAAGUAUGGACAGGCCAUUAUUAAUGCCGCAACCCUUAUGACUUUUAUUUCCAUCCAACAACGAUGGAAAGACAAUAUUUCGGGGGACAAACAUAUGGAGUAUAUAAAAGAGACGUCGAAUUUUCUAGCAAACAAAGAAGAAAAAAAAAGAAUUUAGGCAAUGAGACAUACAUUUCUUAUACGAUGAAAAAAAUUUACAUGGGACAAAUUUGAAGCUAUACUGAGUAGAUUUUUAGAUAUUUUUGACGAAUAUUUUACGUAAGGGGAUGUUCAUGUGCAAAAAGCACAACAAUUGGCACCAUUUGUGUUUUUCCUUUGAGUCAAAGAAAUUUUUCAGAGGCAGAGUCUUCUUGGAAAAUUCUUCAUGAUCUAAUAUUCUCAAUGAAGAACUCUUCGUAUUCCUGGCAAUAUUUCUUUUUGGAAAUUCUGUAAUUCAACUUCACACAGGAUUCUCUUCAAAGUCUGAACAAUUGCUUGAUGUUUUAUUCCAUCAAGCUCAUAUGGCUCAUAGAAUGGAAUUCAAAACCACAAGGGAUCACUUUCGUUCUAAGAAUAUAUUUUCUUUAAUGAAUU